CUCAUCUUGUAUUUGGAUUUCUUCUCCACUGUGCUCAGCUCUGUCACAUCAGCCACUGAAGUCAGUGUGACACUGGGUUCCAGCCCUCUGUGCCAUCAAAGGGCUGAAAUAACCUACUUUGAUAUCAUCCAGAACUUGAGUGUCCAGCUAGAGAAGAGCCGGCAGCAGUUGCGCGACAUCAAAGCCAACUUCUGUGUAACUAGAGCCACGCUCUACGUCCUGGCCAAUCAGCUGCGUACAUGCAAAAGUACAAAGUUCCAGGAUGUCAUCGAUUCUGUGCUGGCUGAGAGGUUGCAGCCUGAGGAGUGGGAGUUUGCGGAGAAGAUUUCCCUGGCUGAGCAGCUGCGGGAGUCCUGUGUGCUAAUCCAAGAGCAGCACAGGAAGCUGUCUCAGCUGAAGCAGAAGCUAGAAGCGGGCAGCAAUGAGUUGCUGCUGCUCAGGGACCACCUAAAGGCCGUCCUCACCCAGUACGAGGCUGACACCGCCCAGAGCCGGGAUCUCCGACAGCAGCUGGCUGAGGGCUACAGGCUGGCAGAGAGCCUUGCUGCAAAGCUGAGCCCAGAGGACCUGGAGGACGGGAGCGGAGAAGAGCAUCAAUCACUGCUCCCCAGGGUGAGCACAGAGGGAGUAGAGGAGCAGGAUGGACAAGUCCCUCAGAACUCCCAAGAUGAGGACCCAGGGAUGCUGUCCAGUUACUGGGAGCUGAGUGACACCCAGCACCUUCCCUGUACCCUGGCUCCCCUGACGGAUGCGGUCUCCUCUCCUCCGGAUGCAGCUCACCCUCAAGCCACCCUGGCACCACAGGAAGACAAGGAGGCUGGGAUGCCCAGGGACCUGCGGGACAGGAGGAAUGUCAGUGAGUCCCUGGAGGGCUCUUUGGAUGAAAAGUAUUUGAUGUUUACCACUUACCAGGACUUAUUUGCAUCCCCCAAGCCCCCCAAUAGUGCGGCCGCCCCAGGGGCUGAAGACACCUGUAGACCACAGGAGCAGGAGGCCACCGAGGUGCCCAGGGACGUCAACUCUGCUGUUGAACUUCAGGCCCACAUGCUGACACACUUACAGAAAAUGUUCCGGACAUGGAAGGACACCAUCCGCUCCCUCCGCUGCAGCAUCAGGAACCUGCUGUCCUGGGAGCACCCUGUGAGACAUGGGGGACGCAGCCACCCAGGCCAGCCUGAGUGGCGCAGGACAGUGGAGCACCUCGCUCUCCAGCUCAGCCCAGGCAGGAGCUGUGCCGCUGAGCUGUGUCCCCGGCCCUACCACAGCCUUUCUGAUACAGCUGCUGCCAUGAAACAGACGGUGAUCAGAAAGAAACAGCGUCUAUGCCCCGGGAACAUGGCCUGCAAGUUCCCAGGCCCUCCGGCUUCGGGUGCAGAGGUGUCGGCCCCUGAGGCUCCAGGGUGCGCUCACACCUGAUCACCCUCCCCAGCCCCUCUUUGGUGCCUGUGGUUCCUUUCUUGCUGCAUGCCCCCCGCAGCCCUGGUUCACCUCACUGCCUGCGCUCGCCUCCUUCCUUUCCGACGACACCUUGCUCUGCUCUUCCCUGGUGUUCUUGGGAGUCUCACUCAGGCCUCAGGAACCUCAUUCCUGUCUCUGCAAGGUGCCCAGUGGCCGUGGGCCUGUGGAGGCCUCCAGCCUGGAGCUGGUGUGACAGCACCUAAUGCUCACCCUCUGUGUCUGUGGAUGAUGUCUCUGCUUUAUUAAACACGGGGCUGGAGGAGGCUGUGUCUGA